AUGGUGAUCACUGGAAGAGAAACCCUUAAUUUACAUCAGUCAGUCGGCGCCGGAAGCCAUCCAUGGGAGAUGAUACUAGAAGUUCCAAGCGCGAAUGCCUUCUUGCCGUUCUCCGGUAGCUUAAUGAACGACGACGGAUCGGCCAUGUUUGAAGAGUUAACUACGAUGCAGCUCCAUCACCUCCUUUCGAACGUGGAAAUGGCGGAAUACGGUGAUCAUGCUUAUGAGGUUGGGGAGGAGUGCGGCGAUAUACAAAUGGAUGAUCAGUUUUGUAUGUAUGAGUUCAAGGUGAAGAGGUGUGCACGUGGGAGGUCACAUGACUGGACUGACUGUCCGUACACUCAUCCCGGCGAGAAGGCUCGCCGCCGUGAUCCACGUAAGUUUCAUUAUUCCGGUAAUCCUUGUUCGGAGUUUCGCAAGGGAUCGUGUGUGAAAGGCGACCUAUGUGAGUUCGCACACGGUGUGUUUGAGUGCUGGCUCCAUCCGUCGCGCUACCGUACUCAGCCGUGCAAGGAUGGCGUCCUGUGCCGCCGGAGAAUCUGCUUCUUCGCCCACACUCCUGAACAGCUUCGCAUCUUGCCGCCGAGUCGCCAUGUGUCGACUCACUCCAAUCGUCCCGAGUCGUACGACGGUUCUCCCCGUCGACUGGUAACAGACUCGCACUUCGGUUCGUCCCCAACUUCUACUCUGUACUUCCCCCAUUGCUCAACGCCGACGGAUUCGCCGCCGAUGUCGCCUGUAUCGUCUCUUGGUCCUAACCCAUUCGCUGAUCUGGCUUCCUCGAUGCGGAAUCUGCAAAUUGGGAAGGCCAGGAGGUUGGGGAUGAGUCUGAUGAAUGGAUCGCCGUAUAGUUCACCGCACACUCCAUACGCCGUCCGACCGACUCCAUCACGUCCGUCAUUGAAAGCGUUGGAGGUAUGGGAAGAGGGUGGUGCGACGGAGGAGCGGAUGAUGGAAAGGGUAGAGUCCGGUAAAGGGGUUAGAGCUCAGAUUUACGCUAAACUCAGCAGGGAGAACUCGCUCAGUAUUGUGGAACCAUUUCAAGUGGAUGAUCCAGUUCAAGUGGAUGAUGAUCAAGUGGAUGAUGUUCAAGUGGAGGUUCAAGUGGAUGAUCCUUCUCAACAUGUUGAUGAUGCUCAAGUGCAAGUUGGUGAUGUUCAAGUGGAGGUUGUAGUUCCUAUUCAACCUGUUGCAACUAGGAAGAGGAUAAGAAAAUACUCAGAAAGAAUUACCAAGAUAGGGUUGAGGAGGAAGGUCUUAAAGAAAGAAGGAAGCACUUAUCACCACCUAAUGGUGUUGUAA